AUGUCCCAACAGUCCGCCCAGGCGCUCGCCAAGCUCCUGCUCAAUGUGGCGAAGUGGUCCACCGCGCUGGGCGUGGGCGGCGCGGCCCUGCAGUCCUCCAUGUACACAGUGGACGGCGGCGAGAGGGCGGUGAUCUUUGAUCGCUACCGCGGCGUCCUGCGCGACGUGAUCAGCGAGGGGACGCACUUCCUGGUGCCCAUCCUGCAGUACCCCAUCAUAUACGACGUGCGCACCAGGGCGCGCAACAUCAGUUCCGUGACAGGAACGAAAGAUUUGCAGAUGGUGAACAUGACAUUGCGCAUUCUUUCCAAGCCAAGAACGGACAAGCUUCCAGAUAUUUGGAUGAUGCUUGGCUUGGACUGGGAUGAAAAGGUGUUGCCUUCCAUCGGGACUGAGGUUGUGAAGGCAGUGGUGGCGCAAUACAAUGCAGAGCAGCUUCUCACCCAAAGAGAGAAAGUCUCCAGAGCGGUGCGAGAAACUUUGGUGCAGCGGGCUGCCAUGUUCAACAUUCUUCUCGAUGAUGUGGCCAUUACACACCUUUCGUUUGGUACCGAGUUCACAAAGGCUGUAGAAUCGAAGCAAGUUGCUGAGCAGGAGGCCGAGCGUGCGAAAUUCCUGGUUGACAAGGCUGACCAGGAGCGCAAGGCUGCUGUAACCCGCGCUGAAGGAGAGAGUGAAGCUGCCAGGCUCAUCACAGAGGCGACGGCAAAGGCUGGCCCAGGCAUGAUAGAGCUCAGGCGAAUCGAGGCCGCCAAGGAGAUCGCAGCCACCAUGGCCAAGAGUCGCAACGUGGUGUACCUGCCACAAACUGGCAACAUGCUGCUGGGCAUCAACCCCAAUCAGUGA